UAAUUAUUAACAAUUUGUUUAAAAUCGGUGAGUGGAGUUUUAUGAUUUUGAAAACCUCUUUAGUGCAGCGAUGCGUUAAAAAAAGUUCACCUUUCUCCGGUCGUGUUUGCGCGGGCUGGUGGCAGAAAGAACGCGCGCGUCAGUUGCGUGCGGUGUCUCGUGUCAGCUGCUUGUGCGUGGUGUUAGUAAAUACUGUGGAACUUUAUCGUGUGUGUGGAACUUUUGUGAAACCGUAAUUGUAUCAUUUUGAACUUAAAUUGGAUCCAACAUGGCUGAAAGAAGCGUUUAACAUUACAAUGUCAAAUAAAAAAGUAUAAAAUGUCAAGAAAAAAUUCGAAAUUAAAAUUUUAAAUUGUGUGAAGUGAUAGUGAAGUGCGUAACAAUGUCUGAUUCAACAUUCGAUAUGUAUUCCGAGAACAUUACAAAAAUGGAACAGAAUAUAACCCAGUACCCGACCGAGGCGACGAUCCUCGCGGCGGCGUGCGCCUGCAUCUUUAGCGUCGUCGGCGUCGUCGGCAACCUAGUAACCACAGUCGCGCUGCUGAUGCACCCGAAGCUGCGCGGCCACGUGACCACCAUGUUCGUCCUCUCUCUCUGCGUGUCGGACCUGCUGUUCUGCUCCAUCAACCUACCGCUCACCGCCAACCGCUACAUCAAGCAGCACUGGAGCCUCGGGCCCAGCCUCUGUCAGAUGUUCGCCUUCGUCUUUUAUGGGAACGAAGCCGUGUCCCUGCUGUCAAUGGUUGCGAUUACUAUUAAUAGAUACACAUUGAUCGCCUACUACGAUAUGUACUCGCAGAUCUACACCACCACCAAGAUCUGGGUGCAGCUGCUGAUGGUGUGGCUCGUCUCCUUCGGACUAAUGGUGCCACCACUCCUGGGCGUUUGGGGACAACUGGGGCUGGACCCCAGCACGUUCUCGUGCACGAUCCUGCCGAAGGACGGCAAGUCCCCCAAGAAGUACCUGUUCGUGUUCGGGUUCGCGCUGCCGUGCGUCGUCAUCAUCGUGUCGUACUCGUGCAUCUACUGGCGCGUGCGGCAGAGCAAGCGCAAGCUGGAGGGCCGCAGGUGUGUAUGUGGCAAACUGAGCGGUCAAACAGCAAAGGAAAAAGAAGAUGACUCUCGCCUAACGACCCUCAUGCUGACCAUCUUCCUGUGCUUCCUGGCGUGUUUCCUACCGCUGAUGAUCAUGAACGUGGCGGACGACGGCAUCACGUACCCCUGGCUGCACGUCAUCGCCUCCAUCCUAGCCUGGGCGUCCAGUGUCAUCAACCCAUUAAUCUACGCGGCCACUAACAGACAGUAUCGCGCAGCCUACGCUAACCUCCUCAAAUUUUGUAAGAACAGCACCGUAGGCAGGCGAACGACUUGGGGCAGCAGAACUAUGGGCCACUCCUCGAACUCCCCACAUUACGUCGAGAAAAGGAACCACCAGAAAGAUAAACCGACAAACUUAUGAAUUGGCGACAUCUAGCGGCGGUAGCGUGAAACUUUUCGGUUAGUUCAUAUUUCAAAUAUAGAUGUCAAGCCGUUGGUCAACACGUUUUUGACUAUUGUAAACGUUAUAAAAAAUACGCUAAGAUCAAUUCUGCAAGAUUCGAGUGUUACAAAUUGAAAUGACGUGACACACAGAUUUAUUUAAAUAGUAAUGCGCAUUCAAUCACAAUUAUUAUUAGAUUUGGUAAUUUGUUGUUUUUGGCUGGUAUGUGUAUAAAAAGCUUUUUCUUUUACUUUAAUUACAAGGAAUGCUUUGAAAGUAAUUGGGAAGCGUAAAUUUAGGCUAAGUUGGUACUUGAUUCGUAUUCUUGAAUAAUCCGAUGUUUAUUCUGCAUUUAUGUUUGUGAAUCUCAGCGCUGCGGACAUUGUGCUGAUAUCUAUUUAAUGCAAUUACAUUUUCCCUAAAUAAAACCACACAUAUUAUACGAUUUCAGCAGCGGUAUGGGUAAUUGUAUUGGCAAACAAGUUAUCACAAUGUCAUUACACAAACUUGUCUCUAAAUCUAUUGAGCCUCUGCGUGUAUGCGUACUUUUAUUAAAAUUAAUAACGGCAACUGAAAUGGUUAUUUCGAUGGCCUUUCGAUGGCGUCGUUCCAUGAAAAAAAGAGAUAGCGCUAUCUGUACAGCGCCAUCUAUCUUUUUUUGGAGUCGUAGUCAGUUGUUUUCAAAAUGGCAUUUUUCUGUAAAUAUUAAUUGUACUUAUGUAUAUAAAUCAACGGCAUCUUUAUAAUAGCUUGAUGCUUACCAUUUAACAUAACCAAAGUAAAAUAUUACCUUAUUUUUUAUGAAUAAUCAUUUUGUAUUUAAGUUUAAUAUAUAAAAAUAAUUAUUUAAACAUAAGAAUGCAUUCCUUUAGAUUGUAGACUAUGUUUAGUACUUUUAUUACAGUUAAUUGGGUCCAGAACUUACUAAAAUUGAUUGUUAUUUGGUUUGUCUGUAUCCGUCACAUUUGGGACUUUGAUAAUUAUUUGUUGAGAUAGUAUAAGUUUCAUUAGUAACUUAUUAUGUAACCAGUUAACAAAAUGCAGUUUAUUUUGAUAAACAGGGAGUAAGGUAUCAUUAAAAAUAAAAAGGAAAAAGUUGUCGGUCGCCCACGGGCCAGUGACCACAGCUACAAAACGCCGCCACCCUGGCUUACCUAUCUAGGGCCCCGAUUCUGCUAUUUACAGGGGCCAAUGAAUGAAUGGCAAUUGGAUUAAAUUCGAAACUAUUCCUAUACUCCCAAACAUAUUGCCAACACAAUAAUUGGACAUUUAUUGAGUGACCACGAGUGUUCCGCUCCGUACUGAUUUUCCUAUAAUUGUGUUGGAAAAAAUCUUAGAAUAAUACGAAUAGUUCCAAUUUUCAUUAAAUCAUCGGCCAUUGUAAACAGCGACUUCUACAGGCUGAACAUUGAUCGCGAUACAGAUCCCUAAACGUGAUCUAGAUCCAGAUUGAACGCCUGAGAGAUUGACGAUAUGUCGUCAGUCAAUUUAUUUCUAGCAAGUCAUGAAAUCGCUCAUAACAUAAUAAAAUGCUCCAAUUCACUAGAACUCUUCUAAAAGCACUUAUUCCGACACUCGAGAAUGCUCUCUACAUCCAUUUGCGUCAUAUCCACAUCAAAUAAUUGUCAUAUUCCUCUAUUAGCUAAUAUAAUAUAGUUCUUGUGAAGACUGAUAUGUAAAAGUCAAUUAGGUUAAAGCCUCACCCAUAGCUAACAAUCACAACACCACGUUGACGUAGUAAUUAUAAAAAGAAUACUUAUGUUACAUAAAGUUAAAUAUCAGGCUAGGCAAUCAAUGUUUAUUAAAAAUAUAGAAAAUAUUUGUUUAAAAUAAUUUAUUGUAUUAAUUAGCAUAAUUUUGAUAAU